AUGCCACCCGUGACCAGAAGUCACAGCAAGAAGCAGGAGAAGAGCUUGACUGCCAAGGCAGAUGGCUCAGUCACUCUUCUCCCAGUUUCACGAGCUCAACGAAACCAGAUACUCUUCAUCAAGCUGGUUUUCACUGUCAUGUCAACGCAUCUACGGGCCAAGAUUAUCAGAAAAGUUCAGGAAUAUGGAGGUCUGCACCUUGAGCUCGAGACUCUCAAUGAAUGGUUUGACCACAUCCGCAACCUCAACAUUGACCAACUUGAAAGAGUCCCUCUUACCCAGGACCUUCCUGCACAAGUCGCUGUUACCCAAGACCUUCUUGCACAGGUCCCUGUUAAUCAGGACCUUGUUUCCCAGAACCUUCUUGCCGAGGAUCUUCUUACUCAAGACCUUCUUGCCCAAGACCCUCUUUCCACAAACCGCGUUGGCUUGGAUCCCAAUUCAUCGCGCAACAGUAUUCACAACCCUUCCACCCAAGACCUUCUCAUCGCAAACCGCACUGGUUUGUCUUCCCUUUCUUUCAACAACCGCACGCGCAACCCUUUGAAUCACGAUUCCUCCAACAUCUCCAGCCGCAGCGCUUUGGACCAAGACUUCAUUGCCGCAAGUCAUACUGGUUUCCCUUCACUCUCCUCCCUCAACGACCAGAACCUCGAGGACCAGAACCUCAACGCGUUGAAUCAAUACUUCACUACCUCAACCCGUACUAGUGUGCUUCCACGUUCUUCCUUCAACGAUCAGAACAGCAACACUUCGAAUCAAAAUUUCAUUGUCGCAGACCACACCGGUUCACCUUUCACCCCAUCAUACAACGGCAACUACAGCCUUUUGCCUCAAGAUACCAACUUCGCAGGCCGCAGUACAUUGCCUUCACGUUCUUCCGACAACAACAACCAGAUCUGCGACCCUUUUACCCAAGACCUCAUUGUCGCUGACCACACUGGUUCGCAAUCAUCAUCUGACACCGACGACCCUUACACCUCCCUCUUCCGAAGCAUCCGCGAGGCAUUCUCAGACUUCAACAUGGACAACAACGGUGAUAACCAAGACGCCAGCCGUGCCAUCAAUGAUGAGGACUAUGACUCUGCUGCCGAGGGUUACCCCAUGAUGAUCAAGAAAACCCCUCGUGGUCGCAUUAUCUGGAAUGAUCUGGCUCACGAGCAUCUGUUGGUGGCUCUGUACUACGCCACCACCCCCUCGGAUCAGCAAUGGCGACAGAUCCAGGAGAAUCUGGGACCCUUUGGCUUCGACAACUGUUCCGUUGUCGCGUUCAAGCAGCAUCUCCUCAAGCUGGCAAACCGUCUCCAGCCUCACAACGAGGGACGUCGUGGACCAUACCGCGUCCGCAGCAUUGAGUCGGCCGAGCCUGAGACUCCGGCCAAUGAUGACGAUGGCGAUGACGAAUCGUCUCUUGCCUCUGGUGGUCGUCGCGCUGUCGCGCGCGGCAGUCGUGGUGCUCGUGGUGGUCGUGCCCGCGCCCGUGGUCGCGGUGGAAGAGGUGCACGUGGCACCACUCGUGGCACCUCUCGCGUCGCUGGCACCAAGCGUCGCGUCAACGAGACCGACGAUGGUCUCAGCAGUGGCAUGGCCACUCCAGAUGCUGGUUGGGACGCUGACGUCCCUGAUGACGAGAGCGACGCCAAGCGCGUCAAGACCAACGACGCCGGUCCUCGCGGUGUCCGCGAUGCUCCUGCCUUCCCAGGCACGGAGUAUCGCAAUAGCCAUUAUAGCGAUGGCUUUGCUUACGGUCCCCGCGGCUCAUACGAGACCGCAAACCACGAGGGAUUUUAUCCCAUGCGGGCUUCGGCCUACGAGCGCCCUGCCGGUUUUGCCCCGGCUCAACUUCCUCGGGCCCCUGCUCCUUACGGAGCAGAAGACUAUGUUCCCAUGCCCGUGGGAAUGAACACCGGCUACUACGUCGGUGAUCGUUACCACGAGGUUGGUAACAACGUUCGCUUUCCCGGCGGUGGCGCCGGAUAUUACCAGCCCCCUGGUAAUAUCUACGGUGGCUACCACCGUCGCCCUGAGGUUGGUCCACCUUACGGCCACUACCACCACCACCACCAGCAGCAGCAGCAGCAGCAGCAGCAGCAGCAGCACCAGCCCGCCUACCAGGGCUACGACGCCUACGGUGGCAACGACGGCUACAACGCCGCCGCUGAGCAGUCUUUCACUGCUCAGCUAGAGGCUCCCGUCGGUCCGGCCAGCUCGCUGGCCACCAUUGCCACAGCUGCCUUGGCCCAGCAGGGCAAGGAGGAGGAGGAGGAGAAGAAGCCCAUGUGA